CGCUCAGGAAGGGGAGGCAACAUUUACACAAAGAGGGAAAACAAAGGAAAGAAGCUACAAUUUGAUGACAUUUUGAAAGUUGUCGGCUGGUCAUGAAUCCUCACUCGCUGUUGAUGGUGCUGAUGGUGGUUGCCAUGGUAACGGGGGCCCAUUCAAAUAAUGAGGAGAACGAACUGGAUUAUGGACACUGGAACUACAGAGAAGGAGCCGACAGAGUUAACGUGACGUCAGUGCGCAGUUUGACUAAAGUUUUGGAUACGUGGGGGAAGGGUAUUUUUAAGGAAAUCAAGACUUUGCUGCAUUCCCAACCCAACACGCUGCUCCCUGACUACUCCAGGGUGCGUCCUCUAUCGGAGACCAUCGACGACCUGUUCACAGAAGUCUCCGUGCUGCAUCAGCGUAUCACAGAGCUCUCCCAUCGCCUAGCAACCACGCAACCCUUCUUCCGUCGCCAUGGCUACCGUGAGGAGAGGCUCAGGGAUGAUCCGUCUCCGGUACGUCAGAGUCUGACAGACCCACACCCAUAAAGAUUCCGUUUCACCACCGAUCCAGAAUAUAGUCCUCCAAGACAGAAAUCUCAAGUGAUCAAAAGUGAUCUGACAAAAACAACGAAGAAACAU